AUGAGGACGAACGAGACGAAUGCGAAGAAUACGACGACGAAAUCCAUUUCCAAUCCGUACGGCGAAUUGAGCGGCGACGACGAGGACGACGACGAGGUCACGGAGGAGCGCAGGAGAAGAAGACGAAAAACUUUUGGAGGAGGAAAAGAAGAAGGAGAACAAUAUCAACACCAUCAUCGAUUCGGAGGAGGAGGAGAACGACGACGCUCUCGUCGAGAAGAAGAGGGAGAGGAAGACUAUUAUCGUCGUCGUCAACACCGGCCGCCUCGCCGUCGUUACGACGACGAGGACGACGAGGACGAGUACGACGAUUACGGCCGAGCAUCCCGCGGGUACCAUCGACGAGGACGACGUUCCUCUGCGUCUCCGAGUCCUCCUUCGAGAGGACGGAGCCGAUCCCCGGGGAUCGAACGAAGACGACGACGAAGAAGAAGCGAAGAAGAGGAGGAGAACGAGAACAGAGGAAGACCAAAGUUUGGCGUUCCCGAGGAGAUGGAGAAGUUUCACGAAGCCGAACUCCCGAACGGCAAGAACAAAAGCACGAGACGAAGUUUCGAUCGACCAAUAGGAGGAGGAACGGCGGAAAAGGCAAACGGGUCUCAUCAUCAAAUGCCGCAAGGACGACAACACGGGAGAGAUAUCGAGAGGAACGCGCAGAAUAGAUUAAACAUGGCGCAGCAGUGGUUGCAAUCGAACGGGUACGAGGAAACGCAGAAACAAAACGAGAUUUUGCGGAAGAGGAGAGAAGUGUACGUGGGGAAUUUAAUUCAAGGCGUGGUGACGCCGAACAUUUUAGCGGACGUGUUUAACGCGAUUUUGAAGAAAGUGGCGCCGAAACUGUGCGAACGCGAAGUGGCGGGGAAUCCGGUAGUGAACGUCAUCAUGGAUUCGCAAGGCUCGUUUGGGUUUGUCGAGUUGAGGUGCUUCGAGAUGGCGCAAAUCGCUUUGAGAUUCGAUAAAGUAGACGUGUGCGGCAGGCCGAUGAACGUCGGGAGACCAAAAGGAUACAUCGAAGACCCGAGAGUUGGAGACGAUUGUCCGCAAGAGGUGGUGGAUAGCAUGGUCGAGUUUGGCGGAAGUUUAGACGACGACGAGGCGAAAGCGAAAGAAAAGGAGUUGGCGAAAGCGAAAGCGGCGGCGGCGGCGGCGGCGGCGGCAAAGAUUGCGGCGAAGAUGAAAACGACGACAACGGUGGAGAAUUUCAGGAAGAAGAAGAAGAACGAGAGCGCGCUGCUAAAAUCGGUAAAUAUGAGAUUAGAGAAUUUGCUUUCCUUGGACGAAGUUGAAGCCGCGGAGAAGAAAGAUAAAGAUGGCGCGGAGGCGAUUCUAGAACAACUUUUGCAAACUUGUUUAGAAGAGUGCGAACGAACGGUCGGGAUGGUCAUGGCUCUCGCCGUACCGACGCCGACGCAAGACGUGUUCGACAACCCAGAGCUGAGAAAAGGAGGCGCGAGGUGUUACGUAAAAUUUGACAGCGAAGCCGUCGCAGAGAAAGGCGUAUCCAAAAUGAACGGACGAGAGUUCGGCGUCGAUAACGUUAUCAAAGCUUCGCUCGUUACCGACGAGGAGUUCGUCAAAGCGUCCGAGAAUGUUUGGGUUUAA